GGAUGUACGUUCGGUGGGAUACAAGUUGGGAUAAACUUUGAAAUGUAGGUGAAAGCUAAAACCUCAUUCAAGAUGAAGACCUACAUGGCGCUGAUGGGCGCUGCCAUCUUCUUUGUUGUAAUCAUGUCCAUGUAUUUGAUGUUGGAUCAAACAAAGUCAUUUGGUGAAAUGUCCGGUCCGUACGAUACAAGAUUGAAACUACAGAAAUUCUCACAUGAAGAUAUUGAUAUUUUACAACAAAAAAUAGGCGCUUUAGAAAAUGAUCUCUCAAGCAACCAAAAGACAAUAAAUCAGCUCCGAAACGCUGUCAAGUCACUCUCCAAUGGAAUCAUACCCGAUCUUCCAAAUCUAGUGGAAGAGGAAGAAACUCCAAAGAAAGAGGAAGUCAUUGUUAAGAAACCUGAGGCGAUACAUGAGCCUGUGAUAGUGGAUUCCAAAGACUUGAAGCAGGAUUGGAAGACGAUGCCAGCUGUUACCGUCGCAAAGGCGGAAAUCUUCACAGAGGAAUGUGCUUUUGGUGCAGCUCCGAAUGGGAACACCGCAGACGUCCAGAUGUUGGAUGUGUACGACUCGUUACGGUUUGAUAACCCAGACGGCGGUGUCUGGAAACAAGGAUUUGAUAUCACAACGAGUCCAGAUCAGUGGAAAGAUGAUCCAUUAAGAGUCUUCUUGAUUCCACACUCACACAAUGACCCAGGUUGGAUAAAGACGGUUGAUAAAUAUUUCCAUGACCAAACAGUUCACAUUUUGGACAAUAUGGUCAUCAAGCUUCAGGAACACAGCAAGAUGAAGUUCAUCUGGGCUGAGAUGUCUUACCUCUCGAUGUGGUGGGAAAGCACAAGUCAACAGAACAGAGAUAUUACAAAAAGGUUAAUAGACGAGGGCCGGUUAGAGAUUGUGACAGGCGGCUGGGUGAUGAACGAUGAAGCAAAUACCAAUUAUUUUGCAAUGAUCGAUCAACUCAUAGAGGGGCAUGAAUGGUUAGAAGCAUUUUUAGGAGUGAAGCCAAAGUCAGGCUGGUCCAUCGAUCCUUUUGGCCUGACUCCCACUAUGGCGUAUCUACUUCAACGUAUGGGUUUUGAAUCUAUGCUCAUACAACGUGUUCACUACGCCGUCAAGAAGUACCUAGCAAGAGAGAAGAAACUGGAGUUUCUAUGGCGACAGAAUUGGGAUCAUGGUUCUAGUACAGACAUGUUCUGUCACAUGAUGCCGUUCUACAGCUACGACGUUCCCCAUACCUGUGGGCCAGACCCUAAGAUCUGUUGCCAGUAUGAUUUCAAGAGAUUGCCCGGAGGUCGAAUCAACUGCCCGUGGAAAAUAGCACCUGUGCCUAUCACUGAUCAGAACGUCGCUAAAAAGGCUGAAGUUCUCCUGGAUCAAUACCGCAAGAAGAGCUCCCUCUAUAAAACCAACAUCCUCCUCGUUCCACUUGGAGAUGACUUCCGCUUCGACAAACCCGCAGAAUGGGACCAGCAGUACACCAACUACCAGAAACUCUUUGAGUAUAUGAACGGCCAUGAAAACUGGAAUGUACAGGCACAAUUCGGCACACUGUCUGACUAUUUUGGUGCUGUCAUUGAGCAAACCAAGGGACGAAUAGGGAACCAGCCUCAGGGAUUUCCGGUGCUAAGUGGGGAUUUCUUCACCUACACAGAUCGAGAGAAAGACUAUUGGUCUGGGUACUACACUUCAAGACCCUUCUACAAAAACAUGGACAGGGUCCUUGAAUCUCAUCUUAGAGCGGCCGAGAUCAUCUACACAGUCGCCGCUACCAAGGCUCGACAGAUGGGAGUUGGAAAGAAGUUUGACGAGGAUUCACUAAUCCGAAUGGUCACGUUGGCUAGAAGGAACUUGGCAUUGUUUCAACAUCACGAUGCCAUUACUGGAACGGCCAAAGAUCAUGUUGUGGUGGAUUAUGGGACAAAAUUGUUGAUAUCAGUGAGCGAUAUGAGGAAGGUCAUGAUGCAGUCAAUUCAUUUCCUGUUGUCACCUGAUCAGACCAAGUAUUCGCCAUCAUCGGCAUAUUUUGAUGUGGAUGCAGAGAUAUUGAAGCAUGACGCUUUACCAGAAAAGAAAGUUUUGAAGCUGUCCACGGAGGCCUCCAGCAUUGCAGUAUUCUAUAACACACUGGCUCAUCAUAGAAACGAGCUUAUCCGUCUUCAUGUUUCAUCACCCAACGUCAAAGUGACUGACGCUGAGAAUAAUCUAAUCCCGAGUCAGUCUAAUCUGAUAUGGAUGGAUGGAUCACAGACCGCCAGCACCAAGUAUGAGCUUGUUUUUGCCGUUGAUAUAGCUCCGCUUGGCCUAAAGAAAUACCUGAUCCGAGAUAUGGGAGAGAGUCAGUCUCCGCAUCACAGUCUGUCCUCGGUUGUUAUGUAUCAUGUAUCGGGAAGCGGUACAGAGAAAAGGGGACCUUUUGUGGUGGAGAAAGUUUCUUUGAGUCCUACCAGUGAUUUCACUAUAGAGAACUCCCACAUCAAGGCAACCUUCUCAGCCACCACAGGAUUACUCAAGUCGACGAUGACCAAGUCUGACGGUGCAGUCACAGCUACUGAGCUUCAAUUCUUAUUGUAUGGAACAGUGUCGCAGAAAGCAAAAAGUGGAGCUUAUCUCUUCCUACCAGAUGGCCCUGCUAAGCCAAUGACUAUUAAUAAACCGCUGAUCCGAGUGGUAAGAGGCCCUCUAUUGUCGGAGGUUUACGCAGCUCUGCCGAACGUCGAUCACUUUGUCACCAUCAAGGGAACUACAGGUGUGGAUUCCCAAUCAUUAAAUAUUUUGAACCAUGUGGAUAUCCGGAAUACUCGCAACCAGGAGCUGAUCAUGAGAGUCAAGUCCGAUAUACAGAACCCAGACAGGACGUUCUACACCGAUCUCAAUGGAUUCCAGCUUCAGCAACGGAAAACCUUGGACAAGCUUCCAAUUCAAGCCAACUAUUACCCGAUGCCGAGCAUGGCGUACCUGGAGUCCAGCAGCACUAGGAUGUCGCUCCUUACCAGCCAUCCGUCUGGAGUAGCAAGCCUAGAAACAGGUUGGAUAGACGUUGUUCUAGAUCGACGUUUGAACCAGGAUGACAGCCGAGGCCUCCAACAAGGUGUUCUCGACAACAAGCUGACGGGACUGAGUUACCAACUCCUCAUAGAGCGCAAUGAUGGUGGCGCUACAGUUAAGCAGGUCAGGAAUAGUCCACGUUCACUAUGGGGGUGGCUAAAGGGGGAUAGUAAGAGUACAGCACAGCCGGCCGGGUUCCCCUCCCUCCUCGGCCACGCAGCAUCCGUCUCCUUAGAACAUCCUCUCUACACCCAUACGGCACUUCCUGAGAGUCAAGAAACCUCAAGUCAGUUGAUCCCAGAGUUCCAGGUUCUUGACGAACAGUUGCCGUGUGACAUUCACCUCUUGAACUUACGGACUCGGAUCCAGCAGAGUAAUAACGCCGUGGAGGCCAAGAGGGAAGCCUUCUUGUUGCUUCAUAGGAGAGGAUUUGACUGUAGGUAUCCUGGACUGGCUCUGUCUUGUUCGACUAAUGGCGGAAAGGUUUCUUCAAGGAAUUUAUUUCAAAAUCUCAACAUCAGAGGCCUCCAGGCCACAUCGCUAUCAGGAAUGUAUGACGGAAACGAAAUGGAAAUUGAUUCAGACUUCACCAUCGAAACCAUGGAGGUUAACACUUACAGAGUUCAAUUCCACUGACAGCGGUCUCGCAGGCUUGUAGCAGAGACUAACUCCACUGACAGCGGUCUCGCACGCUUGUAGCAGAGACUAAUAUCACUGGCAGCGAGCUCGCAGGCUUGUAACAGAGACUAAUUCUACUGAAAGCAAGCUGUCAGGCUUGUAUUAGAGACUAAUUAUACUGACAGUGGGCUCGCAGGCUUGUAACAGAGACUAAUUCCACUGGAAGCGGGCUUGCAGGCUUGU